AUGUCUGGAAGGCUGAGCGGAUACCUGAUCACGCUCUUCCAGACGGGUAGGGGACCAUGGGCAGGAGGCGUGUAUAAGCAGGUUGCCUACUUCAGAAAGCAGGACGGGCAGCUUGACGAUGUGGAUAGAGUUCGCAAUCAGUGCGUCAUGUACAUGGACGAGCACGAGCUCAGCUCAGACGCCAAGGUCGCCACAACACACGCUGGGCGGUCUACUAUCUGCGCCACCGACUACGACUGUGCCUCAUCAACAACGACAACGGGCGCGACCACUGCCACUUUUCUCUCGAUCCGAGCACCGCCAAUGUUGACGUGGACUACCUCCGAGACUACACUCAACCUAUCCUGUCACGGGAUGAAGAGGAUUUUACACGUAUCGUCAAGGUUGAACUUUGUUCGGACCUGA